AUGACCCAGGCGAUCCAGCAUCUCGGGGCCCGAUCCUGCGCCAGCUCUGGCCUCACCCUGGGACGCCCCCCCGAGCCCCCUCCGAGGCCCCGGCGCCCAGGCCCUGGCCACCAUUCCCGGUCCCCAGGGCCCCCCAGGCCGCGCAGCCCCACGCCCCAGGCCGCCCGCCAAGCAGGGGCCCCCCGGCUGCGCAGGCCCCCUCGCCUGCGUCCCCAAGCUGCAAAACGCGCCUCGCCCCCACCUGUUGCCCCCGGCAACCGCUGGACGCCCCGUGGCGCGGAGGGGGUCACGGUCAGCACGGCGGGAGGAGUCCCAGGGACACCAGCCCCGCCCUUCAGAUCCCUGUCCCAGCCCACAUACCCCCAGCCCCAGCCCCCCUCUCCCGGGGCCUCAGAACCUGGGGAGUCGCCCCGCCCCGCCUGUCUUUGCAACCCUGGUGCUCCCCCACUUCCACUCCCCACGCCGAGCUGGGCAUGCAGGAUCCAGAUCCGCCCCCUCUCCUCCCUCCCUGGAGUCUUCCUCCAAGCCCGCCUCUGCCCCGGAGACCCUGAGACCUGGGCCUGUCCACCCUCCAGCCGAGUCCUGGGGCGCCCUCCCGCUAGGUCACUUCCUCCUGUAGAUGCUGGCGCCAUGGAGGAGGGUAGGGACGAGCCUCCGGGGAACCUGGCCAUGGAGCCCGAGCAUGCCGAGAGGAAGCGGGCCUCCUGCACCUUGUCGGGCGAAGACAGAAAAGACAACAGACCAAAACGAGGGAUUUCCCAAGACUUGACUUCCUUCCCUAAACUAGACAGAUACAGAAUAGCCCGACAGUUAACUGAGAAAGCCGUCAGGGAAAAAAAGAUUUUUUCCAUCUAUGGACACUACCCAGUGAUCCGGGCCACUCUGCGGAGAAAGGGCUGGGUAGAGAAGAAGUUCCACUUUCUGCCCAAGGGUGUUGUGCACCUCUCGUCCUGUGAUUUGUCUGCAGACAGCAAAGGCCCUGACGCUGGAGAGAACUCGGAUAUGAUUGUCGAGGACACUGAGGACAUCCAUGAUGUGAUGUCUAGGCUGGUGAAACAUGAAAUGCCCUACUUCCUCUGGACCAUCAAGAGGGAUGUCGUAGAUUAUCACAACCUGAGCUGUGACCAGAUGCUGAACCACUACGGGAAGACAGCGUCGUUCACCACCAAGAUUGGACUAUGCGUCAACAUGCGGAGCCUCCCGUGGUACGUCCAGGCGAAUCCCGACUGCUUCUUCCCACGCUGCUACGGCCUCUGCACUGAGAGUGAGAAGCAGGAAUUCCUGAAUGACUUCCGGCGCACUGCAGCUUUCAGCAUCCUCAAGUGGGUUGUCAGUCACCAGAAUGGCAAGGGCAAGUCCAAGAGCAAGCAGGAGGACGCCAGAGACAGUGACCGUGGCUGCAGGAAAGAUGCUGAUACCACUGAGGCCAAGGAACUCAUGGACCUUCCAGAGCACAUCGUUGACACUGCUUGCAAGGUGUGCCAGACCUACCUGGAGCAGCUGGAGCACAUGGACAUUGACACGGCCGAAGAUGCUGCUAAAGACCUCACCGAGGACGAAUGGAAUGACCUGACCCAGCAAUACUACUCCCUUGUGCAUGGCGGCGCCGUCAUCUCUAACCUCAGGAACUACUUGUCACAGUGCCAGACUCUGCUGAACAGGAUCGCAUCCAUCAACCCGCAGACGGAGAUCGACGGGACCCACAACAUCUGGAUCAUCAAGCCCGCAGCCAAGUCCCGGGGCCGAGACAUCGUGUGCAUGGACCGUGUGGAGGAGAUCCUGGAGCUGGUGGCUGCAGACCACCUUUCUGCCAAGGACAACAAGUGGGUGGCCCAGAAGUACAUUGAGACACCCCUUCUCAUCUAUGACACCAAGUUUGACAUCCGGCAGUGGUUCCUUGUCACCGACUGGAACCCCCUCACCAUCUGGUUCUACAAGGAGAGCUAUCUCCGCUUCUCCACCCAGCGCUUCUCCCUGGACAACCUGGACAGUGCCAUCCACUUGUGCAACAACUCCAUUCAGAAGCACCUCAAGAACGCCAAGGACCGCAGCCCACUGCUGCCCGGUCACAACAUGUGGACCAGCACCAAGUUCCAGGAGUACCUGCAGCGCCGGGGCCGCGGGCCCGUGUGGGCCAGCCUCAUCUACCCAUCCAUGAAGAGAGUCAUUACCCACACCAUGAAGGUGGCCCAGGACCGCGUGCAGGCCCGCAAGAACAGCUUCGAGCUGUAUGGCGCCGACUUCGUCCUCGGCAGGGACUUCAAGCCCUGGCUCAUCGAGAUCAACUCCAGCCCCUCCAUGCACCCCUCCACGCCCGUCACCGCCCAGCUCUGCGCCCAGGUGCAGGAGGACACCCUCAAGGUGGUGGUGGACCGCAGGGUUGACCGCAACUGUGACAUUGGCAACUUCGAGCUGCUGUGGAGACAGCCGGCCGUGGAACUGCCACCAUUCAGCGGCUCGGACCUCUGUGUCGAAGGCGUGAGUUUCCGGAAGGGCAAGAAGCAGGCAUCGGCCCUCUCCAGGGUCCACCUGGCUGCGCCCUCGCUCCCAGCUGAGUGGAGCUGCCUGGGCCCCGAGCCCCGUGCGUGGAUCUCGGCCCCUGACCACCUCCAGUCCGCAGAGCAGAGGGUCCCUGGGGCCGCGCUGGCCCGGGCCUGGCCCUCCAAGUGCACUGUGCCCACGGUACAUGUACAGAUGGCUGCACCUCGCAGUGGGAAGGUGGCCAGGGGCCCUUGGGGGCGCCCCCGGGACCUCGCCUCAACGUGCCUAGUGUGCUGCGGGCCCUUCCAGCCGGCGCAGCCCUGCAAGCGCUGCCGCUCGUUUGGCGCCUCGGUGCAGCAGGGCGCGUCCUUCCUGCCGCUGGGCGACGGGCAGGGCGGCCGGUGA